GGUGCUCAGCCGCCGCCUCCCCCAGCAGGAAAAUGGCCACGAGCUUCCUCCUGCACGAGAAGGUCUGGUUCGACAAGUUCAAGUACGACGACGCGGAGAGGAGGUUCUACGAGCAGAUGAACGGGCCCGCGGGCGGCUCGGCCCGGCAGGAGGACGGCGCCAGCGUGAUCCUCCGGGACAUCGCGAGGGCCAGAGAGAACAUCCAGAAGUCCCUGGCCGGACUCCGGGCAGCGCUGUCCAGCCCCCCUGAGGGCCCUGGCCGGGCCGCCCCAGGGACUGUAAGUCCUCUGCUUGCCCCCGCCGGCCUGGCACCACGGCGAGGCUGGAGCCCUGUGUGGGAGCUUCUUGCUUGGCUGAGAGUGGGGGUGGCCUGCCGCCCCCCAGAGACGCGCCCUGGG